UGAAGGAGAGAAGAAGCUAGCGGAGCGGAUUAUUAUACUAUACUCUCUGACAGACCGUUCAAACGGCAUGAAGUCCACGCAAAAUCUCUGCUGUUGCACAUAUUCCUUCACUCGACACACAGUAAAGGAAGGCGAUGUCAUUGUCAGCAGCUAAAUCGCCGGAUAAGAUAGACCUCCAGGCAGAAAUAAAGGUGUGACGACAGCAGGCAGUGUUCAGGGGUUUUGCUGCAGGCCAGCGUGUGUGGUUGUGUGUGUGUGUUUACUUGUGUAUGUUUAUGAGUGAGUGGCACAGCAGCUGAGGGUUGUAACGUGAUGCCAAGAUGCUGCUGUCCCUGGGAAUGCUGAUGCUGUCGGCCACGCAGAUCUACACCAUCUUCACCGUCCAGCUCUUUGCUUUCCUCAAUCUGCUGCCUGUGGAAGCCGACAUCGCUGCCUACACGUUUGACAACAAAACAGAGAACUUUGAUGAUCUUCCUGCACGAUUUGGUUACCGGCUGCCUAGUGAUGGACUGAAGGGUUUCCUGAUUGGCGCACGACCGGAAAAUGCGUGUGAGCCCAUCGAGCCCCCUCCAAGGGACAACCUGACAGGCGCCUUCAUCGUCCUCAUCAAGCGCUUUGAGUGCAACUUUGACAUCAAGGUCCUCAAUGCCCAGAAAGCCGGGUACAAGGCCGCCAUUGUUCACAAUGUAGACUCUGAGGACCUAAUCAGCAUGGGAUCCAACGAUUUGGAUGUUAUGAAGCAGAUAGAUAUUCCCUCUGUGUUUGUGGGCGAGGACACUGCCAACUCUCUGAAAGAAGACUACACGUAUGACAAGGGGGGACAUGUGGUCCUCAUGCCAGACUUCAGCCUGCCGUUGGAAUACUACUUGAUCCCCUUCCUCAUCAUUGUGGGAAUCUGCCUCAUCCUCAUUGUUGUUUUCAUGAUCACAAAGUUUGUCCAAGACCGACACCGUGCUCGGAGGAGCCGCCUGCGCAAAGAUCAGUUAAAGAAACUUCCCAUCCACAAGUACAAAAAAGGAGAUAACUACGAUGUGUGUGCCAUCUGCCUGGAUGAGUAUGAAGAAGGAGACAAACUCAGAGUCCUGCCGUGUUCUCACGCCUACCACAGCAAGUGUGUCGACCCGUGGCUGACCAAAACUAAGAAGACGUGUCCGGUGUGCAAGCAGAAGGUGGUCCCUUCUCAGGGCGACUCUGACUCCGACUCAGAGGAGGGGGAGAGCGGCCCUGAUGAGAACGAGGAGGUGUCCGAGAGUACCCCGCUGCUGCGCUCGUUGGCCUCCACCAGCGCCCACUCCUUCGGCACCAUGUCCGGAGGCUCACGCUCAGAGCAAGACCAGGAGUCCUCCGAGUACGAGGACGACGAGCUGGACAGUAGCGACAGCGAGGAGGAGGUCACCGUGGAGACUGUGGUGGUCCAGAUGCAGCAGCCCUGCUCCGACGGCCACGACCAGGACCAUGACCUGCUCCAAGCUUGACUGACUGUUGGCUGGCCUGAUAGGUCACUAAACCCGCCCCCGCCCUCUCCAACCUCACAGCAGCAGAAACUUUAGUCGUGGGCACGAAACCGAUUCAUCAUCCUGAGUUUUUCCCGUCACUGCUUAAAAUACAUCGUAAUGUAUCCUCCCUACAAGCUCAAAAUUUAAGUUUUAUUUCAACAUGAUUACGGAGAAAGUGCUGAUUUCCAGGUGUGUUGACAGGAAGUCAGUGUGCAUAUCUUAGUGGCUGCUUGGCAGAUGUGACAGGACUGAUGAUGCUGACUUACAGUAGACUGUUAUACUGUACUCUGAUCAUAAAAAAAGAUGACACACAGAUGAACGGAAAACUCCAAGACACAAGAUCACACCUGACACAAAGUUCAGUAGAAAUACUGUGUAAAUAAAAAAACUGUAGAUCACCGUACAUUUCUUCUUUACCUUUGAUUAUGUUAUUGUACAUUCUUCAGAGAAUGGGUAAGUUUCUUUACUGUACAUACAUGUUCAUGCUAAACUGACACACCUAUGCAGCAUCCUUUCUUUCUUUUUUGUAAAAUUAAACUGACAUUGAGCAAGUAUAGAAACAUUUAAAAGCCACAGUGAUAUGGUUUUUGCCAAUUUAUUUCUAGCCUGGUGUAAAACAAGGAGACUUAAGGUGCUCCUGUCCUGUGUUUUUUCGUGCCACGGUUUAUCUGUUACAUUGAUUCACUCUAAAUAGAAACUGAAGCCAACGAACGAACGUGAUCUCCAUACGGGAAAAAAGGUGGAGAGACGGUGUAAUGGUGACUGUGUCCUUGCUGCCUGCAGUUAACUUUUUCUGGCUGCUCCAGACCUAUCACUUCAUAUAACACAAGCAGUUAUUGGUUGAUAGGCCUUAUUAUAAUAAUACACGUAUAACUGACCGUAUCUCAUUUAAUACUGUUCAUAGCAAGUAUGCUUUUUUUUCAUAACAUGGCUUAAUUUAUGUUGACAAAUCAUGUUGCCUUUUUCAGUUUGUAUUUUGUCUUGUGUUUUCCUGCUGUUCUCAAUAUGAAUUCACUUAAAUAAAAAUGACGA